GUCUGCUCAGCCCUUUAAACUAACACAGAGUUCUAUGGAUUGUAAUUCAAGUGACCGAUACUAGGCAUUGCAGGGCUUGGGUGUCACAGUCCUGCCCGUUUAACUAGAUUAUUAUAUAUAUAUUUUUAGUUUGUUUAUUUUUUAUUAUGAAAUAGUGGCGUUUGUAUUUAAAAAAUAUAUGUAAUUGCAAAAAAAAAAAAAGAUACAAAUUAGUUAAACUGCUGUUAUUGCAUACACUGUUUUAUUUUAAAUAAACUCAUUGUGGAAAACGGGUUAAAGAAUCAAUUUUGUUUUAAAUUAAAUAAAAUAUUUAUUAUUUUUGUUUGUUGGGGAUUUUUUUUUUUAGUUUCAGAAGCGUGUAUACUUCUGUUUGCUACACAGAACUAACACGCACGCUCAAAUAUAUAUUUAUUUAGAUUUGCUUUAAUAGUUUGCAAUGAUGAACCGAAAUGGAAUGGUCUCAAAAAUCCAAACGCGAAUACGAACGGACCCUUUCAAAAACAAUUACGAUAUAGCUGGCAAAGAAUUAGGAAGGGGGAAGUUUGCCGUUGUGAGGAAAUGCGUUGAAAAGACGACGGGGAAUGAGCACGCAGCCAAAUUCUUACGGAAACAACGAAAGGGCGAGGAUUGCCGAAUGGACAUCAUCAAUGAAAUAGCCAUCCUGGAAAUGGCAAAAUCCAACCCAUACGUGGUAGCCCUGCAUGAAGUCUAUGAGACCACUUCUGAAAUCAUUCUGGUCCUGGAAUACGCUGCCGGUGGUGAGAUCUUCAAUCAGUGCGUGGCAGACAAUGACGAGGCUUUCACAGAGAACGACGUCAUCAGAUUGGUCAGGCAGAUCCUGCUCGGCGUGGCCUUCCUGCAUCGCAGUAAUGUGGUCCACCUCGAUCUCAAGCCUCAGAACCUCCUUCUGACCAGCGUCCGGCCCCUGGGGGACAUCAGGAUUGUGGACUUUGGCCUGUCCAGGAGGGUGGACAAUGUGAGAGAGGUCCGAGAGAUCUUGGGCACGCCUGAAUACGUAGCUCCAGAAAUCUUGAACUACGAACCAAUUCGUAUAUCGACGGACAUGUGGAGUAUCGGCGUGUUGACGUAUGUCAUGUUGACGGGCGAAUCUCCCUUCCUGGGAGACAACAAGCAGGAAACCUUCCUCAACAUUUCCCAGGUGAACGUCGACUACUCCCAGGACGUGUUCGAGGGCGUCUCGGAUCUGGCCGUGGACUUCAUCAAAUCUCUGCUCAUCAAGAACCCCAGAAAGAGGGCUACAGCUGAAGACUGCUUGAAACACCCUUGGCUGUGCCCACACCCCACUAUCCUGGAGGGCCUGUCGGAGACAGAGGCCAGGCAGUCUCAGUCGGAGCCCGAGAGCCCUGAUUCAGCCGAGGAGCUGGUCCUGCAGGCCUCCUACACCAUCUGCACCUCCCAGAGUGACCUGCAGGCCUUCCGCAAGACCUUCAUAUUCGAGGAGUCCUUACCAGAGAUCCAGCAAGAACUGGUCUGCUGAUGUUUUAGCAGUCAAGAAAGAAAGACAUUGUAAAUAAGAGUUGAGCGAUGAGCUUCUCUGGCUUACAAACUUCUCUGGAUAAGUGAGGUCUGCUGAGGUUGGGCUCAGGUUCCGUGGUGCUGUUUGCGGGACACUGUCUUGCGUUUUGAAGUUCUGAGGGUUUUGACCGGGACACCAGGAUUUGGGUUGGACUUGGAAAAAGCAAAAUGUUUUUUUUUGUUUUUCUUAAACUAAACCUUUCUGGUUGCCACAGGGAUCUUCCAGGGUUUUUAUGGAAAUUGUUCCCGCUUGCUGGAGCUUCAGUAAGGCAAAAAGAUAACGGGUCUUGGGUCUCUGUGCCACAGUAAUAGAUCCAGAUAAAACAAACCACAUUAAGUGGUAGAAUUGCCUGAGGCUGUUUUUGUUUGUCUCUGUUGAAUCUUUACUGCUUGAACUCACUGUUCAUGUUUUGAUGGCUUACUUUGAAACUUUUUUUUUUUACCACGCUGUUCUCUUCGUGAUUAGCCUGCAGGCUAUUUUUGAAAGUGUCACUUCUCGAAAGGGAAAUUAAAAAAGUUCAAGUUAAAUCUAUAUAGAAGAGAAGAGUUAAGGAGAGGGUGAAGGUUAUCGCUGGGAGCUGGGUGUUGUGAGGGGUAGCUAACUUGUCAUGUCGAACUGUUGGAUUUUUAGACUGAACAGAGAUAUCGAAAUGUUGACUUUCGGGUGAACCCAAGCAUUUCUGUGGGACAGCUGAUGUUGAUUUAAAGAUGAUCUGCUUUAACUUUUAGCCUGGUUCCACCUUAUUAAAGAAACAUAUUAAUCACUUUGGUUUCAACUUUGAUGGUUAUGCACUUUUUUAUAUAUAUAUAUAUAAACAGCCCCAUUGUUUGAAAGGUUGAGGGUUCUGUUUGUCAUCACAAAUGUAGUUCUGCAUAUUCACAUUACACCUGCUUUACAGACAUCAGUUCAUCAGUGGGGCACAUAAUUGUAUCAAACUGUAGCAUUAUUUCUCUUGUAGCAUGUGUGCAUUUUUUCUAGAACACCUCACACUGUUCCAGGCACAGAUGAUUCUAGAAUUUCUAGAGAUGCCAACCAAGUAACAUUGCACAGUAUCUAGUGGGCCAUUUUUAUCGUUUUUGAUUUUUCAUUGUGACAAUUUAAAGAUUUCAGUUUAAUUAUAUCACAAGUGGCCAGUGUUGUAUUUUAGUGCCUGUCAUUUUACGUGGUUCUUCAAAUAAUGAUUAUUGUGUAAAAAGAAUAAAACUGCACUCCAAUUAAAACAAACAGAAAAGAAAGGGUACAGGAGACUGCAGUUUCUCAGAAAAAGAAAUUACAAUCUGAUUUCAAGCUAGCACAACUUCAAUUUUCCGGACCGAUUUUGUUUUGAUGAAAUACAGAAUAAAACGUAAACAGACUUUGAAGAAUACAUACAUUGAAUUAUUAUUAUUAUUAUUAUUAUUAUUAUUAUUAUUAAUGAAGAAAUACCCUGUUAAUUAUUUUUCUAUUUUGCUUUUUUUUUUUAAUAAAAGAUUAAUAUUAUAAAAUA